GUUGGAACUUCAUAAAUUCUAACCUCCAAUCAAAAAUGGACUUCAAAUAUUUUAAGACUGAAAUAGCUAGAAAACAAAUAUGUUUAUUUUGCUAGUAGGUUUCAAAUUGAUUACAUUUUCCUGAAAACAGCUUUUGUAGAGGUUAUAAUGAAACCUAAAUUACAUUUUUCAGGCCCUUUUUAUAAGAAAGAGCAAAAGAAAACAUCCUAUUUGGUUUCUUAUGUACUCUUAUCCAUAGUUUCUCUAAUAUUUUCCAUUCUAACAGUUAGCGAUCUACAGUGGGAAGAACAUGUAUCAAUUAGAAGAGGUAUAACUAUAUUUUUCAGUGGACUAGUGUUUUUUCCCUUUUUGUAUCUUGCCUUGAAUAAUAUUUUUCUACAUACAAACUCAGGAAGAAAAAUUAUCAAGACUUAUAAACUCAGUUACAGUGACAUUUAUGACAUCAGUAACAAGAAUGUUUCAGCAGUACAGGCUUUAUUUUGCUGUAUAACAGGUCUCACAGCAGUGUGUUACUCCUGUAACCGUAACGUUCUCAAAACAUCUCACUACAUUUCUGAGGCAUAUGCUUGGUUUGGAGCGGCAUAUUUUUUCUAUGAUAUUUGGUCCAUGUACAAAAUAUAUACAGCGAAAAUUAUCGGAACUCAGAUAAAUGGCGAUGUGUGCCGAACUAAAACUUUAUCAAGGUUUUCAAGAGUGAUAACAUUUCUUAAAAAAAAUUUCCUUAUGGUUGGACAUCACAUAUUUAUAGGGUGUUUUGGAUUCUUAGUUAUAACAUAUUUAAGAGGAGGUCUGGGAGACUGUUUUUUUGGAUUUGUGUACCUGAUGGAGGCGAGUACUCCUUUCGUAUGCUUAAGAGGCAUAUUGUCCAAAGUAGGAUUGAAAAACUCUCCACUUUAUGUCGCUAACGGACUUGUGAUGUUAACUGUAUUCUUUAUAUGUAGAAUUGCCAUGUUUCCUUAUGUAAUAUUCAUGUAUUCACUCUCCAUAAAAGUGGAUUUCAUAUCGGCAGUCUACACCCUACCCAGAGGAUGUUUGACAAGCAUAGCCAUAUUACUGUUACCACAAAUAUACUGGUUCUAUUUAAUGGUGAAGGGGGCCAUAAAGGUACUGAGUGGCCCAAUUGUUAACAACAAUAAUAUGCAGAAUUUAAAAAGCAAGUAAUAUCGAUAGCAAUUGCGAUGUUUUUUGAAUUUCAGUUUAGGAUUGAAAUGAAUUACGGGGAAGGGUAAUUGGUUGUGAAAAGGUGCAUCUUCAAAAGUUCGAAAAGAAAAACGACAGCAGCUUCAAUUCUCAAAUCAGACGAUGAUAGAUAAUUCGACCAUCAAAGGUCGUCAUUAAUAUUAGUACUAUUUUAGGAGAAUAUGGACUGAUAGUUUGCAUUAAUAGUUAUAUUUUUAUAUAAUUUUUCAAAAAAUUUAAUCGGUUUUUGUCAAAUUAUUGUGCUGUAUGUCAUAUUCAGGUAUGUAUCUACAAUUUUCUACAAUAGUAAUAAUAAAUUUCAUAUGGCCAUGAUAUCAUCAAGCAUAGUGUUUGCAUUGGGCUUCAUCAAAGGCUAAUUCAAAUAAUAGCGAAUUUAUUUAACUCAGGGCUAAAUAGUCGAGUUUUUAGGCAUUUUUGGUGUCUUGUGGGAACUGUCCUUAAGAGACAUUAAUACUAUUAAUAAUAUUUUUUACGUUGGUAAGGAUACUUAUGAAAUUUUGUUUAAAAAAUAUCUUAGUUUUUCAUACCUCAAGUAAAAAUGUUAGUUUUUAACCAUCUAAAAAAAUAUAAAAUAUGUAAUUUUAAGAAAAUAAUCAACACAUUUAUCACUAACAUUUCAUUUCAAUUUAGUAACUCCAAAACAGGUUUUAGACAAUCAGGUAAUUAUCAUCUUCAAAGUUUGAGAAUAGAGGCAAAUAUUGUUAUUUUUGAAAAAGUAUGUUUAAAAUAAAUACUGUGCUGUUCUUAUUAGUUGCGAAAGUAAAGCUUAUGUACAUAAAACUCCAAACAUAAACCAAAUGUAAAUAUUUUAAAGUAUUAUCCUAAGUUACAUUGCCAGUCCUAAUAUUAAGUAUGUUUCAAACAAUAGUAGGAUUAGCAAAGUUGCUUUGAUUUUAAUUUUUUUAUACAUGCGUGGAAAUGAUUGGAUUAUAUUAUAUUAUUUAUAAAAUUUCAACAAGUCAAACUUCCUGUUGUCAUAUUUCACAUUUACGAUGGGCUAUUCUAAACAAAAACAUUACCUUGCCGAAUAUUAAAAUUUAUAGAGAUGGGAUCGUUGCAACUGUCGUUAAGAGCAGACUAGCAUUUUUAAUAUCGACGACAAAUAGUUCUGUUGAUGUCACAGAACUUUAGCCAUUAAAUACCGAAUUAAAAAAAAAAAAGAAUUAUAGGUGCAUAUAAUACUUUGAAGAUGCACAAUAGAUAUAGCAGGGAUAUUUCUAAAUAACUGUUAGUGCAAAAGACGAAUUAAAAAUAAAGACUAGCAGCCAGUAGCUAGAAGUUCAUUCAAAUUUAUGAGUGAUAAACGAUGGUCUUCUGUUUGUCUGAAUGACAUGAAUUUCAAAUUAUUCAGUCUAAACAUAUGUCAAAGUUUAUCAGGCUACUAAAUUUAAAUGGACGUUUCUGCAACCGACUGUAAAUAUAUUUGCUUAAGCAUUUCUCAUAAAAAAAUAUAUAAAUGUAUAGUAGGUAAUCUAAUUAAAAUAACAAUUCCAAUUCGUAAUUAUAGUUGAUACAAGAAUCACAUAUUUUUGCUAACAAGUUUUUUUUUUGUAUUGUAUACUAGUACGCAAAAGAAGUUAUUUUGUUCUUUGUGAUAUGAUGUAGUUUCUAUUAUUAAAAUCACAUGAUUAGUGAGUUAACAGAAGGUAAAUAUUUAUAUUUUUAACGUUGAUCACGUCAUUUAACACAAAAUAUCGAUCUUAAAAAUAAUAUAACAUGAUUUUUCUAAACUUUAAAUAUACAAAGUUGUGGUUUAUAUGUAUAUAAUGAACUCAAGACUAUUAAAUCCAAAACCAAUGGUUUAUUUUUGCUACACUAAUGUAUUUGUUUGUAGGAUGAAUGAAAUACUUAUUUUUUACCUAAUAAAGUUCAAAAAUAGUGACAAAUCAAUUGACUCUUUCUCUUGAAGAAUUUUAAACCAUCUAUUUUAACAUUUUUCCCCUUAUGAACUUUUGCCAUUACUUUUUUAAAAGUCUAUAUUAUAAUGGAUGAAACUAAAAUAAAUAAUAGUUUUUCUUGAGAAAUAGUCACGUAAUAAAUCUUCCACGUUAUUUGUCAAAGUGCCCACUCCUCCAGAUAUUUUAAUGUACAUCAAAGUGACAAGUUUUUACUAAAUCUAAAUACCUCUAAUAGUCUGAUGGCACUGAUACAACUGAUGAUUAUAAAUUAUUACCACUUAUUUUGCUAAAAAUUCCUACAAAAUAAUAUAAAAAAACGAUCUAUUUUUUAAAAAAAUAUAUUUAAAACAGAAGAGAAUAAGGAUAUUAAAGGCCUAAAGAUAUAUUUUUUAUAGAAUCUCAAGUAUGUUCUUUACUAUUCCACAACUAUUUACUAUUUGUCAAACUUUAAUUAUCCUUUCACACUGUGGUAUGUGUGCAACGUACCUCUUGUAUAUUUUAAUAUUUUUUUAUCUGGAUAUUAUUUCAUGAUUCUUAUUUAAUUUCAUCAUAUCCCAGACAACACACCAAAUCCCAGAGAUAUUCACAGAAUAUCUUUUGUGGAUAUCCAAUAUAUCCACAGGAUAUUAGAAAUAUUCCGUGGAUCUAAUAUGGAUAUCCAAAUGUCCGUCUAUAUCCAGAAUAUAGAAGAUAUCAUAUGGAUAUCCAGCAAAAUAUCUAAUGAGUAUCUUCCAGACAAUACAAGAAAUCCCAGAGAUAUCCACAGAAUAUAUUCUAUG